AUGAGGUUAUCGAUAUGCGCAGUGGCAGCGACGCUGUUCACGAGCACAAUAGCAGCACCAACAUCAAAGUUUGACAGUUUAGCAAACACAUCAGAAGAGUCAGAGAGCGAGAUCGUAAGGAGAGACGGCGGGGACGGCAAGUACUUUCAUGAGCCCGGAGGCGAUAAUACGCUCGGCCACUAUGACAAGCGCUACUUCCACGGCGUAGUUUCAGACGAAGAGCGAAGAGACACACAAAAACACAUGGUGCGCGCAUACCUAGACUUCUUCCGUAAAAACGAUCUCGACACAUGGAUUGCCCACGGAACAUUACUAGGAUGGUGGUGGAACGGCCAGCGACUACCAUGGGACUUCGAUCUCGACACCCAAGUCAGCGGCGCAACCCUCCACCACCUCGGCGAAGCCUACAACCAAACAAAUCACUCUUACACCUCCGACGACGAGCAAGUAAAACGUACCUACCUCCUUGACGUCAACCCUUGGAUCUGGCAACGUGAGCGCGGCGACGGUAUGAACAUCAUCGAUGCCCGCUGGAUCGACGUCCGCAACGGCCUCUUCAUCGACAUCACCGGUCUCUCGGAGACGCAUCCAGACAGCCAACCGGGCAUCUGGAGCUGCAAGAACUAUCACCGCUACCGCACCGACGAGCUAUAUCCCAUGCGCGAGACGAUGUUCGAGGGUGUUAUAGCGAAGGUACCGUAUAGCUAUGACAAGAUCCUGACGGAUGAGUACAAGGAGAGCGCGCUGGUGAACACUCAGUUUAAUGGACACGAGUGGAAUCCAAACGCAAAGAUUUGGGAGAAGACGGAGGAAACUCUCAGGCAAGAAGAGGAAGAACGGAAGAAGAAGGAAGAAGAGGAAAAGAAGAAGACUGUUGAGCAGGCACAAAUGGCGUAG